CAUUCUUCUUCAUAAAACAAAAAUGGUACAAUCGUGAUUUGAGUGAAGUGUGCAUCAUAUAAUUUUAUUAAAAUUAAAAAUUAUUCGAGUUUAAAAAUGAAAAAUAAUGUAAUGCGAAACAUAAUUGUUAGUGUAAUGUAAUAAAACAAUGGGCAAUGCCGAACGCUGUGUGAGUGCGACGCGAAUGACGGUUGUUUCUAUGUUCAGUUCUCGGUUUGUAAUCACUAGUAAAGUUCAAAAUACUGACUACUAGCUAGAACUUGGAAAAAAUUACUUAUAAAUUCUCAUACCUUUACUGACAAAAUGUCCUACUUUUAUUACUCAAAUCAUUUCUUUUGAUAACGUUAUCUGCUGCGUGGUUUAUUGUAUGUGCACAAUCGAGUGAUCGGCGAUUCAUUUGAUCAGCUAUUUUAGUUUUUAAAGGAAUGAAAUGGAUAACAUACACGAUGAAGAUCGAAGGAGCAGACUACGUCGACUGGAGGAGAGAAUGUUGGACAAGAAAAGCGUAUCCAACGUCGAUUGCCUACUGGACACAGUUCAGGCGUUGGUUGCGGAUUGCGAUUCGAUUAAAAAUUUGCGAAAUAUAGAAGCUUAUUUGAAUCGAUAUAAUACACUCGCUAGAGAAAUACAUAGCUUGCGUAUGAAACCGGAUGAUUUCACUCUGAUCAAAGUUAUCGGCAGAGGGGCAUUCGGCGAAGUUCAGUUGGUUAGACACAAUGUUACCAGACAAGUGUAUGCCAUGAAACUUCUCAGCAAAUUUGAAAUGAUAAAACGUUCGGAUUCGGCAUUUUUUUGGGAAGAAAGAGAUAUCAUGGCGCAUGCGAAUUCCGAAUGGAUUGUUCAGUUGCAUUUUUCAUUUCAAGAUGCCAAAUAUUUGUAUAUGGUCAUGGAUUAUAUGCCUGGUGGCGAUUUAGUUAAUUUAAUGUCUUCCUACGAAGUGCCAGAACGAUGGGCUAAGUUUUAUUGCGCAGAAGUUGUACUUGCUUUGGAUGCCAUUCAUUCGAUGGGAUUUGUGCACAGGGACGUGAAACCUGAUAACAUGUUGUUGGAUAGAGAUGGGCAUUUGAAACUGGCAGAUUUCGGCACUUGUAUGCGUAUGAAUUCGGAUGGGUUAGUAAGGUCGGACACAGCCGUUGGUACACCGGAUUACAUUUCACCCGAAGUUCUUCAAUCUCAAGGAGGUGAAGGUGUAUACGGUAGAGAAUGUGAUUGGUGGUCCGUAGGAGUAUUUUUGUACGAAAUGCUGGUCGGAGAUACUCCUUUCUACGCCGAUUCGUUGGUCGGCACUUAUAGUAAGAUUAUGGAUCAUCAAAAUACCUUGAGUUUUCCUACCGACAUCGAAAUAAGCACCGAAGCCAAGGAUUUGAUAUGCGCUUUCUUGACUGAUAAAUCCGUCCGACUGGGAAGAAACGGCGUCGAUGAAAUCAAAGCGCAUCCGUUUUUUAGAAAUGAUCAAUGGACUUUUGAUAAUUUACGCGAAAGCGCACCUCCUGUGACGCCAGAAUUGAGGAGUGACGAUGAUACAUCAAAUUUCGACGAUGUUGAAAACGAAGCUUCCGAAGAAAAUUUCCCAGUUCCUAGAGCUUUCGCUGGAAAUCAUUUACCAUUUAUUGGAUUCACUUAUUCUAAAGAUUAUCAAUUGCUGAGCCAGUACAGUAGUGAACCAUCAGUUGGCGAUAUGGAAAUGCAGUUGUAUGAUAACAUAGAUAGUCUGAGACAACAGAUGGAAGAGAAGACGCGUCAAGUAGAAGAAUUAUUACAGAGACAGAGAACACUGACUGACCAAUUGGACACAAUGGUUUUACGCGAAAGAUCUAUCACCGAAGAAACAACGAAUUUAGAAAAAUCAUUAGCUAUACUGAAACACGAUUUAAAAGAAUCGCAUCGUAAGAUGGAAAACGAAACCGAAUCGCGUCGCAAGCUAGAAACUCAGUUGGCCGAAACGCGCCGUAAAUUAGAAGACGAGCAGAAUAAACGAACUAGGGAGUUGUCGAAUAAUCAACAAGUCAACGAUAAAAUCAAUAUGUUGGAAAAACAAUUAUCAGAGUUGCAAGAAAAAUUGAAAACCGAAGGCGAAACUAGUGCCAGAUUACGUAAACAAGUUACUGAAGUAACGAUGGCCAAAGUAGCCAACGAACAACUGGCCGCCGAAUUGCGUCAAGCCAUGCCCGGUUUACAAGCCCAACGUACUAAAUUGGAAGAAGAAGUGAGUACGUUGCAGAAUCUGCUUUCGCAAGAGCGUACUUCGCAUUCGCACUUAUCGCGUCGUCAUGUUGAACUGGAAGAUCGUAUCCAGUCUUGCCAUAUGGAAUUGGAACGCGGAGCGGCUCGCGAAAAGAAGCUUUCCGAAGAUAAUAGACAAUUGGCCGAACGUAUAUCGCAAUUGGAAAAAGAAUGCGCGUCUUUGGCUCUAGAAUUGAAAGCCGUACAGAAUCGCUACCAGCAAGAAAUAAGGUCGCGAGAAAGCAACGAAAAAAGUCGUAUCGUUGGCAAAGAAGAAGCCAACGUCGAAGUAGUCAAAGUACUAUGUUUGGAGCAGUUUCUCGAAGCUCUUCAAACGAAGCUGAAUGAAGAAAAAAAUGCUAGACAGAAAGCGGAAAUGGCUAGUCAAGAAAAAGAACGACAAAUGUCAAUGCUUUCGGUUGAUUAUCGUCAAAUACAACAACGACUGCAGAAACUAGAGGGCGAACACCGACAAGAAGUCGACAAAAGUAAAGCGUUACAAAUUCAAAUCGAACAAGAAAUAGGCAAAAAAUCGUGUUUACAAUCCGAACUGAGUUUAUUGAUGACAGAAUGUUCGCAACAAAAAUCUAAAAUCGAGCAAAUCAGCGGAGAUUUAUCCGCUCUAUAUAAAGCAAAAAAAUUAAUAGAGGAGGAAUUGCAGCGGUUACGAGCUCAACAUUCAGUCGACGAAUUGCAGCUGAAAGAAUUGCAAGAGCAAUUAGAAGCCGAGCAGUAUUUCUCGACUUUAUAUAAAAGUCAAGUGACCGAUUUAAAAGAAGAACUAGAAGACCGCAGUAAAUUAGUCAACGAAUUAGAAGAGGAAAGAAAUUCACUCACGCAGCAGGUGCAAAUCGCAGUGGCUCGAGCCGAUAGCGAAGCGUUGGCUAGAUCGAUCGCCGAAGAAACGGUCACCGAUCUAGAAAAAGAGAAAACCAUCAAGGAGUUAGAAAUGAAGGAUAUUAUUAGUAAACAUAGAAGCGAUUUGUCAGCCAAGGAAUCGUCUCUGCUUUCGAUGAAGGAACGCGAAACCGAUUUGAGAAAAAUGGUAGAACAGUUGAAAAAAGAGAAGGAAGAUACUAGCUAUCAAAUGCGUGUCUUGGAACAAGAAGCUUACAAAAUCAAUUCACUCGCCGAAGAACUAGAGAAAGUACAAAAACAACUGAAACAAGAACAGCUUCUCAAAGCUCAAGCUGUGAAUAAAUUAGCCGAAAUCAUGAAUCGUAAAGACAUGAAUCAUCCCCUCGGUAAAAAUAAGAAAGUAUCGUCGACUGAUUUGAGAAAAAAAGAAAAGGAGUGCCGUAAGCUGCAAUUGGAACUCACUCAGGAACGUGAUAAAUAUAAUCAGAUGGUCAACAAACAUCAAAAAGAAAUCCAAGAAUUGCAAUCUCAAUUAAUGGAAGAGAAUAGCUCUAAAAUACGUCUUCAAAUGGAAUUAGAUUCGAAAGAUUCGGAAAUCGAACAAAUGCAACAGAAACUAACCAUUUUUGGUAGCGAAACCGCUUCGCUUAGUAGCGCAGAUAAUGAAAACGACGAACAUAAUUCUCAAGAUUAUAGAUUAGAAGGUUGGUUGUCGAUUCCAAACAAGCAGAAUAUUCGUCGUCACGGAUGGAAAAAGCAAUACGUCGUUGUGUCGUCGAAAAAAAUUAUAUUUUAUAAUUCGGAAAGUGAUAAACAAAACACAGAUCCGGCGUUAAUUUUAGAUUUAAAAAAAGUAUUUCAUGUACGUUCGGUUACUCAGGGUGAUGUGAUCAGAGCAGACGCUAGAGACAUUCCUCGGAUUUUUCAGUUGCUGUACGCUGGUGAAGGUGAAGCCAGGCGUCCAGACGAGAAUGUCACCGAUACUUCGUCUUUACGAUUAUCGGAUAAAGACGAAAAACCCGGAACAACUUCGUUAAAGGGUCACGAGUUCGUGCAGAUUUCUUAUCAUAUGCCAACGAAUUGCGAAAUUUGCCCUAAGCCAUUGUGGCAUAUGUUUAGACCACCAUCGGCGCUCGAAUGCCGACGUUGUCGAAUUAAAGUACAUAAAGAGCAUUUAGAGAAGAAAGAAGACGCUAUUGCACCUUGUAAGUUGCAUUACGAUCCAAAUUUCGCUAAAGAAUUGCUCCUGUUGGCAAAUACCACCGAUGAUCAAAAAGUAUGGGUUCAAAGAUUGAGUAAAAAAAUACAAAAAUGCGGAUAUAAAGCGAAAUCCGGCGGUGCCGAUCGAGGAUCUCCCAGGGAGACAACUAGACGAAUUUGUUCGAUGAAAAUAAAUUCGAGCAACGCGGCUGGAGCCGGAAUGAAUAUGUCAUCGGUCAACAGUGUACAUCAAAAAUGCGCCACGUUACCGCCUAAUGUGGGUUCGUCGUCGUCGUCGUCGUCAUCUUCGGUAUCAUCGUCAUCAUGCAUUUCAUCAUCGAAUAGCGCCGUAAAUGUUCCUGUAUCAAAAUGAUUCGCGAUAUUGGCAGUCAAUCGAUAAGAUUUAUGGUAUUACGCUAGUCCAGUUAUUUAAAUUUUUAUGCAGAAUUUUUUUUUCUUCUUUGUACAUACAUAUAUCGUAUGCGUAUGUAUUGAACGUACAUCAACGUUUGUUGUAUACUGUCCUCGUGUAUUUCUCCUCCCUUUCUCGCGCCCAAUUUUUUUUUUUUGUCUCUCUUUAACCCUAAGAAAAAAAUCAUAAAAUAUUAAUCUUUUUACCCGCUACUUUUACCAUUUAUACCUAUUGUAUUGUUUGUAUGUACUCGUACUUAUAGUAUACCUAAAUGUGAAUUCAUUUUAUCAUCGUAUAAUAGUCACGCAGCUCGUGCUCAUUUUUUUUCUCAUUACAUAAGUACGCGUAUGUGUGCAUUAUGUAUGUUAUUAUUCUCGUUAAAUUCUGUUGUUUCGUUUUUUUUUCUCGCGUUCUUUCUUCACUAAUUAGUGUAUUUUUCAUGUGAUAUAUUACGCGUACGUGUAUUAUUUUUUCGUGUACCGAGUUACACACAAUGAUAUUAUUGGAUGCUUGAUGUCAUCUGAGCUUGAAAAUUUUUCGCGGCAGCUACGUAUUUUUUUUUUUUUUUUUUUUUUUUUUUUGAAAAAGACCAUCUCCGAUUUAUGACUGCAAAGUUGAAGUGUGCAUUAUUUCUUUCUUUCUUUCGUCCUGUCCCCUCCUUUCUUGUGAUACCGUCUCGUCGACUACGUAUAUAAAUAUACAUUACAUACAUGUAAUAAUGCUACAUGUACGAUGUGAUUCAACAUUUUACCUGUUAUUUAAUAAAUAAUUGUACGUACUUUUUUAAACUGUGAGAUAUUAUGUUUUUAUCAAUUUGAUUUCGCAUUAUUUUAUUUAUAAUCUUAUUUAUUGUAUUAUACGAUUUUUUUUGAA